UGUGGCGCACUGUAAACUGAUUUUGGGGGCAAGGCAAGGGCAGAUCCUAUGAGGGGACAGAGGGGAGGAGUAAAAUUACCGCCCUGCACAGUUAUCAUGCUUGCAUAGUGAAUUAGCGCUCAGCAUACUAGUUGGGUUUGAGGAGAAUGUUCACAGGAUCAGUACAACUUAUUUGAACUGUACCUGUGGUUUCUGUGCAGUUGAAGAGGAAAGUUACUGAGAUUUCUUGCAGCUUUUUUCAGACUGAACUUGCAUCUGCCAUUUUCAAACAGUUAUAUUGAAAGGACGAAACAUGCUCGGGCAGGUUCUUUCAUUUGGCCGCUCCUUGGUGCGCAGGAAAGUGGUCGACCUCAGUAGCCUGGAGGACUCCAAGCUGUGCCGCUGCCUUGGAACCGUCGACCUCAUUGCCUUGGGAGUUGGUAGCACCCUUGGUGCCGGUGUCUAUGUCUUGGCAGGAGAGGUGGCAAAGGGAAACUCUGGUCCUAGCAUCGUUAUCUCCUUCCUGAUUGCUGCUUUGGCAUCCGUUAUGGCUGGCCUGUGCUACGCCGAGUUUGGUGCCCGCGUUCCCAAGACUGGCUCUGCUUACCUAUACAGUUAUGUGACUGUUGGGGAGAUCUGGGCCUUCAUCACCGGCUGGAACCUAAUCCUCUCCUACGUAAUUGGUACCUCCUCGGUUGCCAGAGCAUGGAGUGGCACAUUUGAUGAAAUGAUAGGAGGACACAUAGAGAGGUUCUGCAAAACCUACUUCAGCAUGAACUCUCCCGGUUUGGCUCAAUACCCCGAUUUCUUUGCCGUCUGCCUGAUUCUGCUGCUGUCUGGACUCCUGUCGUUCGGAGUAAAGGAAUCAGCCUGGGUUAACAAAGUCUUCACUGCAAUCAACGUGCUUGUGCUCUUGUUUGUCAUCGUCUCUGGCUUUGUCAAAGGGGACACACACAACUGGAAAAUUUCAGAAGAGUCCCUCAUAAACGUCACCAUAAUCUCAAGAAACUUGUCAGUGACGACCAAUGUAAGCAGUGAUUAUGGUGUUGGAGGAUUCAUGCCCUAUGGCUUCAGCGGGACGCUAGCAGGAGCUGCUACUUGCUUCUAUGCUUUUGUCGGGUUUGACUGCAUUGCGACAACAGGCGAGGAGGUAAAGAAUCCUCAGAGGGCCAUUCCCAUUGGCAUCGUAGUGUCGCUCACUGUGUGCUUUCUGGCAUACUUUGGGGUGUCAGCUGCGCUCACCCUGAUGAUGCCCUACUACCUCCUGGAUGAGAAAAGCCCUUUGCCAAUGGCCUUUGAAUAUGUGGGUUGGGGUCCUGCCAAGUAUGUGGUCGCUGUGGGUUCACUGUGUGCCCUUUCUACCAGGUAUUGCUUUCCUUUUCUUUAACAAAAUUGAGACAGAACAUGUAUCUUCCAUGUCUGGUUGAUGUAGACGUUGUAAACUGGGGAUAGUGUCGAAGGAGAUUUGGUCAACAGUUUUGACUACAUGUCUCCGUAAGUGUCUUGUAAUUGGAUUGAUUCCCUGUCGCUUUAAAGCAUGUGGUGGGCGCGGUGUGUAAUUCCCUCUGUUUUUUUCGAGACACCGAUGUGUUGCAACAUGCACUAAAGUUUGCUGAGCAAGUCAGAGAGUGUCUCGAAAACAAUAUAUCGAUGUCAAUUUAAUCUUGUCAUUCUUCCCUGUCAGUAACAAUUGUCACUCCGUGUUCUGUAAACAAACGCUUGUUGUUGUCAUUCAUCUACUCAUCUCAUGAUCUACAUUGAUGUGGCUGUUGCCAGAGUGGACUUUAAUCAGUCAAAUUAUGUACAAGUCAGUGCCUGUAAUUUGAGUUUAAGCUAUCAAUGUUAGGACAUUCUGGACUAUGACGCAAGACAGUCAACGUAAAAUUGCUUUAACAUACAUCUUUUGGGACACCUCUUCAAAACCUAUUGGAAGUAUGCUCUUUAGAGAUCAAUACUGAGUGAUUUUCUAUUGAGAACACCCAGUGCUUGUUCUAAGUAAAUAAAAGGAGACUGACAAGGAUGAAAUUACUGACUGGAAAGAAAGACACUCAUUGACUUGAAUCAUUCACUGAGGCUUUGAUACUGUCGCUAUCUGUGUGUUCAUCUGGGUUUUGGGGCUCUUGACUAACGUGUUGGUCUUGCAUGUCUCUGCUGUCUCAUGCAGUCUGCUGGGCUCCAUUUUCCCCAUGCCUCGUGUAAUCUAUGCUAUGGCAGAGGAUGGGGUGCUUUUCAAAGCCUUAGCCCGAAUCAAUCCUAAGACGAAGACCCCAGUUAUUGCCACAAUGAGCUCCGGUGUAGUUGCAGGUGAGAGCCGGGGAGCGUCCAAAUGAGGUCACACAGCUAAUGUUUCUCCACCAAUCAAUUGUGAAAGACACAAUGGAGUCAGUGUAGAUGAAUCAGCUGGUUUAUGUUUUGGUGAAAUUGGCCCAAUGCUCUCUCAGAUUUAAAAUUGGAUGUAGUCUAUUGGAGUGCUUGCUUCUGUAUAUGCCUGUUGUUCUUUCACAGUUGUGCAGGUGUCAUGUUUUCUUUCCCAGAGUGCCCUCAACUUAACCAUGAACCCUCUUCUCCCUAGCCUUUUGGGCUCCAUGUUCCCUCUGCCGCGCAUUCUCUUUGCCAUGGCACGAGAUGGUAUUCUGUUCAAAUUUAUGUCCAAAGUGAGUAAGCGCCAGUCACCAGUGGCUGCCACCAUGGCAGCAGGUACCACUGCGGGUAAGCUCCUGGAGAAGGACUCGCCUAACAUUGGGUUGUAUUGUGGAGUUGUUUAAUUUUUUGUUUUCCUUUGUACUUUGUAAUCGGCUGGUGGUGGUUACUGCAUGACCUUUGUGACAGUGUUUCCAAAAGCAUGUUGGAAAAAAACUGUUUUUAAAAAUGAUGCGUUCAACACACAGCUUUACAAGUUUAGAUAGCCCAUUUAUAAAAACUUUGAAUACACAUCACAUACCAGGAAGGAGGAAAUUACAAGUUCGGAACAGGUUACAGUUCGAAAACAUAGUCUCAUGGCACUUUGUGAAACAGUUAUAAGGCAUUAUUACGCAAUUAUCCUCACCACCAUAUCCUAAACAUCUGCUGUCAACCUACUGGCCAGCUUCAAGGUUUAUUUAAGUGCAUCCUGACAUUGUUAGUUUUGUGUUGAUAAAAUAAACAUAUAUAGGUUAUAGAAGGGUUAUAGCAUAGGUUUUUCUUUGUUUUAAAUCAGAUUGACUGACGUUCACACAUACCUCGCCACAGAUAAUAUAAGGAUAAGAAAAGUUUUACACUGUAAAUAUGAAGAAUCCAUAUUGACUGAUGUACAUUUAGUUUUUCUUUGUAGCUUUUUUAAAUGAAAAUGAACAUAUUCUUUUCUGCAUUUAUUACACUUGUGUACAUGUACAGUCACGUGAAAAAGAAAGUACACCAUCUUUCGUUUUAAAGGUUUAACUUACCAUGAAAUGAUAAUUGGAGUUAUCUCUUUCUGUAUUUUCAGUCUCACAUAACUGUGAGGGAAUUAUAGCACUCUUUUUUACAGAUAUUUUCCACCAAAGUGUGUUGCGCAGGUUGAGGGAACAAAGGGACCAAUAAAGCAGGCCCACUGAACUGGACUCAAGCCAGCAAGGCUAACAAAAAUGUUCAAAAGUCUUACAGUGGCCCAGCAGAGGCCCCUCCAGGGGCUGGAGGAACUGUCAAAACGGAGAUGGACAGGAGGCCAGAGGAUCCAGUUAAACACACCCUCCUCUGGCAGAUGGGCACCAAACCUAGGAAGGUGGUGAUCAGUAGAAGACAGGAACAGAUGAGUUAGCGCCCUGCCCCGGGACGCCACAGGCAACAGAAGUGAAUGUGGCCCACCACUUUCAACCCAAAAAUCCUGACGAGGCAAACCCGGUGCGCAUGGACUGGGUCUGCAACACAAAUAGCAAAGGCGAAGGCACUGAAGUCAGAAACAACAAAGAAUGACUUAGAAGACUGACGCUCCCAUGCAAAUUCAGGCCCUCUGAGACUUUGGUUCUGGUUGUCCUGUGUCAGCUGUCUGAUGUGGGUGUAGAGAUGCCUCAGUCAAAAGCUGUGGUUCUGGCACUGAUGAGGGACAUGUGGGCAUGCAAAAGAGCAAAGGCUUGACCCAAGACUUGAGUAAAAACUCUGCAGAGAGAGGAAUAAUUGCUAUGGUCAAACUGAAACAAUGAAUAACAAACUUGUAAGCCACUACUUUGGUGGUACAUGAAAUUUCAAAUCUGACUCAAUGGCUGCAAAGUGUUGCCGUGCAGUGGUAACAAAACAGGGCAAAAGUAUUAGCCUUCCACUACUGUUUGGCAGCAUGUAUGUAUGACCCAACACGAUUCAGUGCAACCUCUCCACUGAAUUUGCUGGAACAUCCCUACCCAGGGAGACUUUUGGCUUUCGUCCUUAAUAGGUCCAGGAGGUUUUGGAGGGCAUUAUAAGCCUUCCACAGCAUCAAAAGCUCCUCUAAGAUCAUUGGUGAAUUUGGUGAAUUUGAAUAGCAGUCGAUGAUUGUUUAACGUGGCUGCCUUUCGUAUCCCUAGGAAAUAUGAGUGCCUUUUUCUGGAAUCUUACAGUGAAACCUUCACCUACACAUGUACUGUAUGUGAGCAGUAAUACUUUGAAUGGAGACAGUUGCUUUUAGUGAAUAUGAGGUGAAACAGAAACUAUGCGCGUACUCCAACGGAUGCAUUUGGAAGUUCUCAUGCAUGAUGAGACAGUGUAGAGGGCCAUGAGUUGUUCACGUGUGGUCAUAUUUACAUUAUUUUAAUCAUGUCUCGACAUGUCUCGACACAUAAAGCUUUACAGUUGAAAGAAGGUGUACUUUCAUCAAGCUGUAAAUACAUAAGCCAAACUCACACACAUAAUGGCAUUCACCGUCUUACGUAACAAUAAAGUAAACAGCCUGGCCUUUGUGGAUUGAUGUGGUGCUCACGCUGCGUUAAGAAUAUCUGCUUCUAAAGAUUUCCUGCUUGGUACGCUUCAGUUGUUCAGUACAUAGCGGCACCGCAUGCUGCGACAUUGUGACUAAGGCCUACAGCUGGAAUGACCUGGUGGAAUGGUUGGCAGAUGUUAACACUAGGAGGGACCCAGCACACCACCACCACCACCACCACCACAGGCCAUGUGCUAAGCACCUGACAACACAGAGCCAGCAAGCAUGAUUUUACUCUUUUUUUGUGUGUUUGAACUGUGCGCCUGAGAUCAGCUCCAUGUUGCAGCCCAGUGCUGAGAUACAAGAUACAAGAUGGAGCUGAGACCAGCACGCAGCGUUUCUCUUACUGAUUGGUACUCGGCAUGGAAAAUGAUUCCAGCCGUCAUGUGAGAGCUGGGAAACAUGGAACUUCUCUCCUUUAUCAUGAAAACAUGUUUGCAUGAUAAUUCAUUUUGCGUUUGUUGACUCUUGUUCGAUAGUACAUAUGAAGAAAAAGGGCUUUGUACCGCUUUUUAAUUCAUGAACAUUAGUACUGGAUGUUUAAUGUGUGUAUGUGGGUGUAAACUAACGUGUUUGGAAUCAUUCUAAUGAUCUGUAAUGACCCCAUUUUUGAAGAAUUUGCUCUGAAAAGGUGAUUAUGUCCUGUUAACUUCUUAUCUUUUGCUUUCUGCAGCCAUCAUGGCUUUCCUGUUUGACCUCAAAGCCCUGGUAGACAUGAUGUCCAUUGGAACUCUGCUGGCCUACUCGUUGGUUGCUGUGUGUGUGCUGAUUCUCAGGUACCAGCCAGAUGGAACAAUGGAGGGACAUGUGGGAAAAGGAGAAAGGGACUACUUGUCAUAUGAGGAGGGUGAGUCAGAUUUGACGGAAUCAGAGUCCCACCUCAACAUGCUGAAAGGAGGUGGCUCAGCCCUACAGACUGUCCUGGAACCCCCCGCCUCACCUUCUGAGAAUUCGUCCAGUGUGGUCAACAUGUCCAUCGGUGUGCUAGUAAUGGUGGUGUGUGUCAUCAGCUACCUCACCACAUACCACAUCUACGCCAUCUUUUAUUUGGAAGUGUGGAUUCUGGUUUUGCUGUCUGUUUGUCUCCUCAUCUUCACCGGAUGCGUCCUCAUGGUCUGCAGGCAGCCUCAGACUAGCAAAAAAGUGUCCUUCAUGGUACCUCUCCUGCCUUAUCUGCCUAUUCUGAGCAUUUUUGUCAAUAUUUACCUCAUGGUUCAGUUGAGUGGCGACACCUGGAUACGUUUCUCUGUUUGGAUGGCUAUAGGCUUUCUGAUCUACUUUGGCUACGGCAUGUGGCACAGUGAAGAGCGACAGCGCCAGCUCCAGAAAGCUCAGAAGAGCAGCGACAAGCAGGAAAACCUCAAGCCCUGCCGGGACAAGCCGGCUGACAUGAACGCAGAGGAAAAGGAGCAGGAGCGCUUCAUUUGCCCCGACAAGACCAGCCAGUGUUAAAGUUUACCAGCUCCUUACAAGACUCUAUGAGGCCACAGAUGCAUAAAAGCGCUCAGCUGCUUUGCCUUGAUGCACCUGGGCUUUUGGCUUCAGCGUGUGUGCUUCUCUCACCAGCACGCUCAGUAUACAAAAGGCAGUGUCAGUAUUCUGUAUCAGCAGCCACAUGGCCAGGACCCGCUCUAAUACUGUGUUUUGGACCACACUUUGUGCUUUAUGGCCCGCGUGGAGAAGGAAUAGAACAGGCAGGAAACAUAUUAGAGUGAUGCUCAUUUCUUGCAACGCUGUGGCAGUGAGUUCGGGAUGAAAAAAAGCUUUUCUUGAGAUUUAAUGCAUGGCAUGCGAGUGAUCCUAUCCAUUCUUUUUUAUUCAUAUCUGAAAAAGGUUUAUGGAUUUUUACAUGUGAAGCCUUGAAAUCCUGCACCAACAAAUGCCAGCUAGCAUCAGGAUAGAGAUGUGUAAAACGAGUCUAGAUGUAGUUUUGGAGAUAUUUUGCGCAUUAUUGUUUAGAGCAAUCUCACAGAACAUACAGACAGUCAAAGCGCCAGCUGAAAUUUUCCAUCCUGCAUAGUAUUAUGUAAUAAAUCACUUAAAAUCUUCACUGUGAUUUAUAAAGUCUCUCUGUCUCCGUCGUCUAAUUUAGGACAGGUUUACUUAUAUUUUUUAUUGUUGCUGACAUUGUGAUGACUAUGAACUGUUACAGAACUCUUCUCGGAAAGAAAAAAAAAGAAAGAUAUUUGGUUUCAUUUUUUUGCUCUGUCACAUUAUGACAUGCUGUAUUUUUGUCGCCUUUUGCUGAUAUUUUCCCAUUGUUUUGAUACAGUUGUUGUCACCGUAACCUCAUAAUGCUGUUCUCUCAUUACCAUAGUGCCUUGCACAUGACUUUUCUACGGUUACUUAGUCAAAGUCAAAGUUUUGUGUAAAGUAGCUCGGCCUUUGUACAGAUUCCAUAUUUUUUGUGGAGUUGAAAUGGGUUUGACUUCACACCAUCUGAUUUGAUAUGGGGAAAUCCUACUUUAAAAAAAAAUAUGGGUGACAAAUACUUGUGCUGUGAAAGUGUUGGUCAUUGGUUGAUGAAGCUGAACAGUGUGUUCAGUAGUUUGAAUAGCUGUGGAACGCACUUUCUUUCUACAUCGACGUUGUGGAGUCUUCCAACGAGCUCCAGGAUAAAGUCAGUUUUGUAGAAGUAAUCACGUUCUACUGAUGUAGCGACACUUGUUGCCAGAUGCGCAAAGAAAAAAAUAAAAUGUAUUUUCUUGUAUUUCACAUUUCUCUCCUCCCACUGCCUCCUCGGACACAGCAGCAGGUUCUGUAUAUUAGUGUGUCUGCAGAGGAAUUUAAGCAUGCCAAUAUUGACCUAAAAAAAGCACCAAACAAGAUGCUCUUACUGGGAUCUUAUAGUAAACACUGCCACAGUGUGGUCACCAGGAAAACGACACAUAUAUUCAAAAGUUAUCAUUAAACACAUUAUGAUAUAGUGACUUAAACCUGCAGAGUGCUAACUUCAGUUUAAAAAUUGCAUGGUCAGAUAUGAUCUACGCUGAAUGUGAGGGGAGCCAAACCUGUGGAAUCAAACCAAAAAACGUAGGCAAGAUAUGAUGAAAAGUUUCCAAGAGCCGAGUAGGAAAAGUCCUAGCAUUGGUAAAGAGACGCAAUUUGUCAUGUUUUUUUGUUGUCUUGUAGAUGACAGGACUCUCGUGUUAUGUUUAUUGGUUUGAUUAAAAAAAAUAAAUGUAAAAAUUCUGUGAACAGUUAUGUCCUACAAGGAUAUGUAAAACAAUGAAAAAUAAGGC